CCAAAUUGAUCCCGGGUCGGGUAUGCAAUGAUUCGGACUAUCCAAACAUUGUUAUUUCCAUGGUUUUUGGGUUUUCCACGCGAAUCCCGCACUUCCGUUCCGCCUUCUCUUCCGCAACGUGCAAAUGUUAUGUCCCUCCCAAGUCGCGAAGCUCCGGCCGGUUCCGCGCCCGCUCCUCUCCGCGGCUCGUCGUCUCUACGACGACCUCCGAUGCUCAAUCUCGUCCUCUUCUCUAGCUCAGGUCUCGCCGUGCGUGGACGAGGAUUGCAGCGAUUUCUUGCCGUGGUUGGAGCGGAAAGCGGGCGUCGAGAUCUCGUCGUUCCUUUCGGUCGGGAAAUCCGUCUACGGAAGGUCCCUGUUUGCUUCGAAGGCGAUAAGAGCAGGUGACAGUAUUUUGAAGGUCCCUUUCAAUGUGGAAAUAUCACCAGAUGAUCUCCUUCCUGAAAUUAGGUCCUUGAACAUAGGAAAUGUAGCUAAGCUUGCUGCCGUCGUCCUGAAAGAACAGAAAAUGGGUCAGGAUUCUGAAUGGGCUCCUUAUAUAAGAAGUCUUCCUCAGCCCGAGGAGAUGCAUAGCACGGUAUUCUGGAGCAAUGAGGAGUUGGAGAUGAUUAAAGAAAGCUUGGUCUAUCAAAGAACCAUUGACAAGAAAGUUGGAAUGGAGAGGGAAUUUUCAGUACUUAGGCAUGCUCUUGAUCAUCAGUUCCCAGAAGUUUCCAAGUAUAUGAAUUUUGAAGAUUUCAUGCAUGCAUGUGCUUUAGUGGAAUCUCGCGCAUGGGAAAGCAGCAAGGGCUAUUCUCUGAUUCCUUUUGCAGAUUUUCUAAACCAUGAUGGGCUUGCAAAAGCAGUUUUGUUGAGGGAUGAACAAAAACAAUUUUCAGAGGUGAUUGCUGAUCGCAAUUAUGCUCCUGGUGAACAGGUACUAAUAUCAUAUGGAAAGUUUUCGAAUGCUAUCUUAUUGUUGGAUUUCGGGUUUACCCUUCCACACAACAUUCAUGAUGAGAUUUCCGUGACAGGAGAGCCUGACAAACAAACAACUAGAAAGAAAGCGAUGGGUGCAUAUUCGAAUGUUCGGAUUCAAAUUAGUGUUCCUCUUCAAGAUCCUCUGUACAAAAUGAAGCUGUAUCUUCUGCAAAGACAUUGCUUGCAGAUAACUUGCAAAUUUGGCUUUUCCAAGUGGUCCUCAGAUUCUUUCACAAUCAAGGAAGUGAGAUCUGUUAAAGGAAAAGGCACCGGGAUUCCACAAUCACUUCGUGCUGCUGCCCGUGUGCUAUCUUGCACCUCUCUUGAAGAGCUGAAUGAUAUGGAGGAGGAAGCCACCCAAAAUGAUGGACGGCUAGGCCGACGUCCUUUGAAGAAUUUCAACAGGGAAAUACAAGCACAUCAGUUGUUGCUAUCACAUAUCACUAGAUUAAUUGACCAAUACAAUGCAUCUGCAAAGUUAAUGAAGCCUACUGGUUGUCCUGCAAGCAAAAGAGAUGGCAUCCGCAGGUCAAUGGCAUGUGAGCUACUGGCUGGCGAACUUCGUAAUCUGAAAUCUGCUGCUUCAUGGCUAGUGAGCUACACAACCGACCGGUGACAGCACAAAACUGGCUGGAGGCUUUGUCAGUCGGUGAAACAAUCAAGUAAGCAGACACUUUCCAUGUCAGAAAUCAAAGGAAGCAUCAGUGAAGCGAUAAAUCCAUAACUUGUAUUUUGAUGGGUGCUUGCAAAUCUCUGAACGCAGCCGGCAGCCAAUCGAAACCUUCUUCUUUGGGUGCAAAUCAGGUGUGGGGAUUAUCUGUUUCUCAUGUUCUCUUCUCCAAAGGGUGAGAGAUUGGGGAGUAGACCACUGUAUCGAUGCAAUACUAAAUUGAGCUUGACUCUGAAGUCAUCGGUUUUUAAACUCCAUUAAUCUAUUUUCACACCCAUGUAAAUCAAAGAAAUUAUUUUAUU